CCGAGUGCAAAUUGCCGACCGGCAGCAGGCGUGGGAGUGUCAGUGUAGGACUCGACUCUCGAGGUCAUGGAUGCUGACUACUGAGUGACAGUUUUUAUGUGGUAUGAUUUGCUCACGCUUUUAGAGAAAUUGUCAGCGGCUUGCGGUUGCGGGUAAACCUCAAUAUGAAUGUCUUGAAAUGUAUUCUUACAAUCAGCUGCUUAGCAGCUACUUUGAUGUUUGGCUGCGGCAUUGCAAGUGAAGAUUUUUAUUCUUUGCUUGGAGUUGACAAAAGUGCUACUACUCAAGAUAUUCGUAAGGCAUUCAAGAGAACUGCGUUAAAAAUGCAUCCAGAUAAAAAUUUGGAAGAUCCCGAUGCUGAUAAGAAGUUUAUACGCAUUAACCGUGCAUAUGAAGUUCUCAAGGAUGAAGAGCUCCGCAAAAAAUAUGACCAGUUUGGAGAAGAAGGCCUUGAUGACAGUCACUCUGGUAAAGGCUACCACUCCUGGACUUACUACAGAGAUAAUUUUGGUAUCUAUGAUGAUGAUCCUGAAAUUAUUACACUCUCAAGAACAGAUUUUGAUGCCAGUGUGAGUGGAAGUGAUACCCCGUGGUUCAUCAACUUCUAUCACCCAAUGUGUAGUCACUGCCACACAUUGGCUCCUGACUGGCGGUGGCUGAGCAUUGAGCUUCAAGGAGUUGUUCGCAUUGGAGCUGUAAACUGUGAUGAUGAAUACCUCCUGUGCUCCCAGCAGGGAGUUCGUGGCUACCCAUCCUUAAUAGCUUACCCAGGGAAAGAAAAAUUCUACUUGGAGAAGACACGAGAAUUGCUGGCCUCAUUCAUCCUGGAUCGUCUGCCCACGGGGCAUGGCAUCCCCGUAACGACUGGCAUGCUCUACAACAUGCGUCGUCUGCACAGCGCCCCUGACAAACAUGUCCUCCUCAGCAACAAGCCUUGGCUUCUUGCCUCAUUCUCAAGCAACAAACUUUUCGACGAUUUCAAGAUGACACUCACCAAACUGGCAGCGAUCUUUUCUGGUGUGAUGAGCGUGGGGCGCCUAGACUGCUCCAUGGACGCUGCUGCGUGCAAGAGCUUGAACAUCAGCUUGGGUGAUGAAGAUGUUCUGCUGCAGUAUUAUCCUAGCGCCUUAGUCCUGGGCAGCGCCACUGCCAUCCUUGCUGACGAUCGAUCUGCUCAGGACAUUGCAAAAGAUGUUCUUGCCCUUUUGCCCCCGCUCCCCCUAAUUGAUAACGACGAGUUCACUAAGCUUCACUCUGAGAUCGUCAGCAGCUCCUCUGGGACUGAAGGGUCGCGUCAGCCUGGGUGGCUGGUGCAGUUCUCCAGUGAGAACGAUGACGUUGACGAUGAGUUGCGUAAGUUGGCAGGCUUGGCUGCCCCGCUGCCAUGUCACCGCGUGUUGUGCUCAUCGCUGUCGCCAGGCCUGGACUGUGACAGCCUCUCCAUCACAAAAACCCCCGCAUUUGUUCUCUUCAAACCUGGCGGAGGAUACGAGAUGCAUCAUGGUCGCUUGAUGGCGCAAGACAUCGCUAAUUUCGCGCGUGAAGCAGCCGGCGCGCCGCACUUCUGCACUCUAACUCCCAAGGAGUUUCCCUCAGUAUUAUCAGCGGGAAGUAUUUGGUUCAUAGACUUCUAUGCUCCCUGGUGCCCGCCCUGCAUGCGACUCCUGCCGCAGUUCCGGAAGGCGUCGGUCCUCAUGCAGCUAGAGCACCGCCCUGUCCAGCCCGUGCAUUUUGGAAUCGUUGACUGCACGGUUCACGGGUCGCUUUGCUCACGCUUUAACGUGCGUUCGUACCCCACGACGAUCCUCUACAACGGCUCUGUGCCACACCAGUACAGCGGCCACCACAACCCGCAUAACAUCGUCGAGUUUGUCAAAGAUAUUCUCAAUCCCACGGUCCAGGUACUCAGCCCAGCUUCGUUCAAGUCAUCAGUGCUGGAGCGUCGCUCCAACGAAAUUUGGGUGGUGGAUUUUUUCGCGAACUGGUGCGGCCCCUGCAUCGCCAUGGCUCCUGAGUACAGAAGAUUUAGCCGCAUAGUGUCGAGCAUUGAAGACGUGUUUGUUGCGUCGGUGGACUGUGCCGACUAUGGCUCCUUCUGUUCCGAACAAGGCGUCCGGAGUUACCCGACUGUGCGCAUAUACAGACCAAACGCCCGUCCCAAUGAUUUCAGCACUUAUAACGACUACGCGCGUGACGCGGCAUCGUUCAAGCGGUGGCUGUACUCGCACCUGCCCUCCUCGGUCACUGCGCUCAAUGACCGAACCUUCGAGCAAAUCCUGCGGUCAUCCGAGCCCUGGCUGGUAGACUUCUUUGCUCCGUGGUGCGGUCACUGCCAUGUCUUUGCACCCGAGUUUGAAGACAUGGCCAGGAGGUUGGAAGGCAAGGUGAAGCUGGGCAAAGUUGACUGCCAAGCGUUCCAGUGGCUGUGCCAGGGCGCUGGCGUCGGCGCGUACCCAACUGUGAUGUUCUACAAAGGCGCCCUGAAGACACAAAAUGCCCGCCAGAACCCCAGAGGUGAGCUGCUGAACACUUUGGACCCCGACGCUAUCGUGUCCCAUCUCACAUGGCGGCUACAGCAGGAAGAGGAAGUGGCGUCUAGAAAAACAUUGCCCAAAGAUGAGUUAUGAUGACCUCGUAACUAUGUGUGAAUGGUUGCUAAUUUGUUCAUUCAUUUUCAGUGAGCUUUCGUAAGAUUUAAAUGAACUUGAACACAACUUUCAUGUAAAUGUGUCGUUUGCAUUUGAGGCCGCCGUCGCGAUUUACCCGUCGUCAAUUGGCAAAACAGGACAUAAAAAUUGUGGCAUAUAUUACGGUACUGUGACGUCACCAUUUUAUUGAAGCAGUAAUUCAUAAUGGCUGGGGUGCUACGAUAUUUUGAAAGCAAAAUUGCCGUGAAAUUCAUGUUAAUGAAUACAAAGUUAAAUUAUUCUACAUUUGCAGCCGGUUGUUGAAGUACAGCUCAUCAUGGGCGAAAUGAUCUCUCUCUCCAUUCUCAGUUAAAAGCUCUCAGUUAAGGAAGAUUUUGGUACUUAUUUUUGCAAUUGCAUAGGAUAAUUUGUGUUCCUGCAUCAGCAAAUUGUAUUCAAUAUUGUAAACUAAGCGAUGAAUCUCAUUUUAUUAGGUACAUGACGUCUAUUAGGGGUUACCCGAAAUCGUCGUUAGUAUUGUCGCUUAAAGCCAAAGAAACCGAACAAAAUUUAGCUAAAAAAUUUCUAAGAAUUUAAAAUGUAUAAUUUAAUUAUAUUAUGGAAAAACAAAUUACAUUAUAGACAAAUACCACGAAUAUGAAGAAGUAGGUAGUGGGAGGAACUAUUAACAGCGAAAAAUUAUUAACUCUCACUAAUCUGGAGCUUGUUUAAAAUAUGAACCAUGAGAUAUUUUAUCGUCUAGCAUAAAAUCUUUGUAUGAGGAAAUAUACCCACGUUUGGUAAACAUUCGUUCAAUUGUGCAAAUUUUAUUCAAAGAAGUACAUUAUUUGCUUGUGUGUUCCAUGAAUAAAACGCGGGCUGAAAUUAUCACGUCAAUGUAUUCUUCUGUGCUAAAAUCUGUAGCGCUCUUGCAUAAUCUAUCAUCUUGCUUCGUAGUUCAAUAUGCAUCUAUAUCCCGGAUUUUCACUUGUAACUUCAGGACUAAUUAGCAGUUCUUUCAUGGGGUGUUACGAGCAUUUAUUAACGCUAGCUGAUAUAAGGUAAGAUGAAACUCUAAUAAGAUAAAUUAUUUUAUUACAUUUGAAUUGCUUGAA